AUGGUGGGUUUAUUUGUUAUCAUCCUUUAGUUGUUGCACCUUCAGUAAUGUUCUUUUUAUCUGUCUGUACAGUGUUCUCUACUCCUCUCUUCCAUGGUGGGAAUUAGAAAGGAAAUUGCCAUUGUUAGGGCUAAAAGCAAGCUGCCAUUAACUCAAAUUGGUGCAAAAUUUUCAUCAAGCACAAGGAACUUACUUUGGACCAGAUACCAGCAAGGAUAAUUAAAUCAAAAGAUCAUUCCACUAUUUUUAAAUUAAUAUUUAUUAUAUAUUUUCAACAAAAUUUAUUCAUUUGAAAAGUCCAAGCACAUAUGGUGUCUAUUUCCAAUAAAACUUUAGGCUCCAUUUAAAAAACUCAAAAUUUGAACUGAUUUAUAAAGGAAAAUUUUUUUUUAAGUCAUGUGAAUAUAACCCAUUCAGGGAAUUUUAAUUUGGACCAAUGCUCUAAUGGUACAAAAAAAUGAUUGGAAAUAGAAGAAAAAGGAUUUAGCUUGACUUCAACUAAUUUGCAAUUUCUGAGAGGAUUCCAAAUGAUUAAAGAAAGCAUAGUUUCAAGUGGUUUCUUGGGUGGCAUCAUUGUCCUGUUGAGAUUGUUGGAUCUGCACAUGGGUUUCCUUAUGGCAUCAUUGACCUGUUGAGGACUUUGACAUUUCUCAUGGGUCUGUGCUGUAUAAAACUGAUGAACAAUCUGUUUGAAGUCUUAAAUAUGGGUGCAGGGUUGCAGAUCAAAUCCUUAAACUUGUUCCAAAUGUUGAGCACUUCCGGACAGCACUCAGAUGUUUGAAGCUUUAGGUGAAAAGACGUGGUGUAUAUUCUCAUGUAACUGGAUUUUUAGGAGGUGUUAAUUGGGCUCUCCUAGUUGCACGUGUCUGCCAGCUCUAUCCCAAUGCAAUUCCCAGGUUGCUGGUUUCGCGAUUUUUCAGAGUGUAUAUGCAGUGGUGGUGGCCAAAUCCUGUGAUGCUGUGUCCAAUAGAAGCAGAUGAACUAGGUUUAACUGUAUGGGAUCAUCAGAGGAAUCCUCGUGACAGGUUGCAUCACAUGCCCAUAAUAACUCCUGCAUACCCAUGCAUGAACUCUAGCUAUAAUGUCUCUCUAAGCACUCUUCAUGUUAUGAUGGAACAGUUUAAAUGUGGUAACAGGAUGUGUGAGGUAAGAAUGCCUGGUAAUUUUAUUUUCCAUUUGCCCUAAAAUUGAGCAAUGCCGCACUACUUUUGUAAUUCUGUCCUGUUGUAGGAGAUUGAGCUGAACAAAGUGCAAUGGAGUGCUUUGUUUGAGCCAUAUCUUUUCUUUGAGGCAUAUAAAAACUAUCUACAACUUGACAUGGUUGCAUCAGAUGCUGAUGAUUUGCUGGGAUGGAAGGGCUGGGUGGAGUCACGCCUUAGACAGCUUACUUUGAAGAUAGAGCGAGACACAAAUGGGAUGUUGCAGUGUCAUCCUUACCCAAAUGAGUAUGCAGAUACAUCCAAGCAGUUCCCACAUUGUGCUUUCUUCAUGGGCUUGCAGAGGAAAGAGGGAGUGAAUGGUCAGAAAGGUCAGCAAUUUGAUAUACGUGGGACGGUUGAAGAGUUCAGGCAAGAGAUACAUGGGUAUGUGUUCUGGAAACCAGGAAUGGAAAUUUUUGUUUCUCAUGCUCGGAGGAAGCAGCUUCCUGCCUUUGUUUAUCCUGAUGGGUAUAAACUACCGCAAUCAUCGAGGCCUCUAAGCCAGCAGGGUGGAAGAACCUCUGAAUAUGUUACACAGUCUCAGUCUGGUUCUGCAGAGACAAAUUAAGAGAAAGCAUGAUGAUGGUUUAGUAGAUUCUAAACCUGAGAAGCGGGCCUCUAUCAGUCCCCAGAGGCUUGAGGUUGUUUCUCCAGAAAGUAAUACAAUUAUGUCUGGUGGAAGAUCUCAUGUUAGUUUUGAUGAAGCAGCUACAUCAGAAUGCGCAACAAAUGGGGAUGUUGAUUGCAAUUCUGUGGUUAGGUCAUUAACUGAGCAGGCAGACAGUGGAAAGGGAACUUUGGGUUUUACCAACCAACUGGGGAAAACUGUUGAUUGUAAUCUUGCUACCUUAAGCAAGCAGACGUCUUUAGAUGUACAUGAAUUUUCGUUGGUUAGGAAUGAUGUAACCUCAGCUGAAGCAGUCGAAACCAUUCCAAGUUUCAUAUACUAUACCCUCCCUCUAAGUUUCAUAUGAUUUCAAUGUUGUUCAGAACCUGACUUGUCUUGUAACUUCGUCUUUGUUGGGUAGCCAAAUAUCACACUUGGGAAGUUUGUGAAAUCUCAAGGUCAAGCUAGGUCAGAAACUUUGCAGAAGCCGGUGAUGAGGCAUGUGUUUUUGAAACCUGUGUUUUGUAUAUGGGAAUUAUGAUCUCUUUAUACUGUUUUUUUGGUUCGUGGUUCCUUUUAGCAGGUUGAGUUUGAAGUCGACAGCCUAAUGCUUGGGAGGUGAUGCAUGCCAUGAAAUAGUCCUUGCGGAAGGAGAGCUAGCCAGCACCAUGGUAAGUGCCAAUUAAUUGCUGGCUUUCACUAUGGUUUUACAGGUAUGCGCUGGAGUGCUUUUAUGAGCUUGGAGCGUGGUAGGCCGUGUGCAGAGCUCUGCUGACACAAGAAGCUAAUGAAUUAUAUUGGUUCUCUGAGGGCACUUGUCUUGUCAUUUGCUGCCCUGUUUGUGCUGUCGCGGCAUAUUUCUUGGUUUUGUUUUAUGAGAAUGGAUCAUUAAGCGGUAAAAUGUGUAAAUUGACCUGUGGCUUGGGUUGUCAAUUUGGGUUUUUAAGGGUUUCGAUUCUUGUAUCAUUUAGAUCUCAAAACCUUUAUUCAAAUUUUUGUACACUACGCCUCCUUGUAAUACAGUUCAUUAGCUGUUUCUUGUUAUCUAAUGUUUUCCUCUUUUGGCUCUUCUCACAGCUUUUCUUGCAGAUAACCCUGCUAUUGUCAAAUGUCUGCAAGAAAUUUAUAGAUCAAGU